AUGGUAUUUAUCACUAUAUUCGGCAAUAAUGGAUCAAUUUUGACGUUUGCUGGUCUGGCAGUGGAGCGAUUAAGGUCUACGCUGGGCGCAAAAAACUAUGAGAACAAACGUAGCCAUUUUGGGCCUGCCAUUGCGGUUGUAUGCUUAGUCCUGGAUNCCGAAAAGUCUGAACUGGAUGAUGCUAAACUCAAGCGUCGUCUCAAGCUAACACCUAGCUUGUACUUCAACCUCACGUUUGCUAUUGUACUUUUCCUGAUGGCCGGAGUUGAGCUCUUGACUAUAAUGACGUUAUCGUUUUCGUAUGCAUUCAAUGUGCUAUGGAAGAAAAAUGGAAUGCAUCUUCAUGCAACUCUUUCUCAAAAAUAUCAGGUUGAGGAAAAUAUACGAUGCAUUCGGUUGCUGAUUCCGAUGGCUAUUGCACAAGCCGUGUGCAAUUUGAGCACAUGCAUUGUGCUACCAGUCUCUUGGAUUGUUUUCGAGAAGAACCGUCUACCAAGUCAUUAUUUCGACUAUGUGCCACUAUAUAAUGUGCUCUUACCUGCCAUACAUGUCGUUCUUUUCAAGUUUCAAAAAUCGGAGUCACUCAAUUGGGAACUAUACAAGGCGACCAGAUACUUGAUUUUAUCAGAUCUUGGAGAUGAUCUGCUGACGAUGGAGAACGGUGGUGAUCUAAGUGAUGAAAGGAGUGAAUUUGGACAAUGCUGA